ACACUGUCAGAAAUGGGAUCGAGACACGUCUUUUUCGUGCUCGUGGUUUUGGCCGUAAGUGUGAGAAAGGCAGAACCUUCGAAAGAUGCUAUGCAGUAUAUUACUUCAGGAUUCGUUAAGGUUUUGGAGGAGUGUAAGCACGAGCUGAACUUGAACGAGCAGAUCUUGGCAGACUUGUUUCACUUCUGGAAGCUGGAGUACUCGCUGCUGGGCAGAGACACGGGCUGUGCCAUCAUCUGCAUGAGCAAGAAGCUGGACCUGCUGGACGCCAACGGCAGGAUGCACCACGGCAACGCCGCCGAGUUCGCCAAGAAACAUGGCGCUGGAGAUGAAGUAGCGUCAAAGAUAGUGACUAUAAUACAUGAGUGCGAGAAGAAACACGAACAAGACGGUGACGAGUGUCUCCGGGUCCUGGAGGUGGCCAAGUGUUUCCGUACCGGCAUCCACGACCUGGAUUGGCAGCCCAAGGUCGAGGUCAUUGUCAGCGAGGUCCUCACUGAGAUAUAG